UUGACGGUAUAUCACGAUCGACGACCACAGCAGCAUCACAGGAGAACCGAGAAACCUCGGGAGUUACAGGAUGCAGUGCACGACUGAACGCCUCCUAAGACUACUACUGGUAGCGUUUUGCAGCUCCCUGGCGCGGGGAGCAACUCGGCACCCGGUGUUAUGGACACCAGAAGGAGUGGAGCGAAUAAACCACACAAUCACAGCUAAGCCUGGAGAUGAAAUCACAUUCAUAUGUCCCAGAGGCUCCUUCUCCACAACCUGGUUCAUGACUGAGAUCGACCAAUACACAAACUGCAACUGUGAGUCUGGAGCAAAGUGCAUACUGAUAUCGAACUGCGAGUAUUUCAAUGCCAACAACUUCUCGACGGCCAUCCAGAGGACAUCUGAAAAUCUCCAAGACACUCCAGACUACCAGCCCGGCCGCACCUACUACUUUACCAGUUUCUCCUGGAACACCUCUACUCUAUCACACUUGUCUCAGGUUCAAUCAGGAGGAGAGUGCUCCCGGGACAUCCUCAGACUAGAGAUCAAGGUCCUGCAGACCACCACAGGAGAAGUCCCCGGUACUGACACUCCUUCCACCACUCCUGAUCGCAGCAUCGCUAACCCAACUGAUACCACCGACUCAACUGUUGACGUUUCAGUAACAAAUCAAGAGGUCAAAGAUCCUCAGGGACUGGGGUCAGUCGAGAACUCUCAGGGUCUACCCAUCUCACUCUCCCUGCCACUCGUCCUUACAGUUUCACUCGUAACUCUUCUAACUCACUUUCUUGACUGACACCUGUGUGUGACUCCAUAAUUAUUAUGAUUAUGACCUGUUACACACCACCACCACUAGCUUUUUACAUGCUUUACGUUCGUGUAUAUAUAUAUACUGUCCUCUAUAGAGUGUCAUUUAUCACUUAUGCAUUGUAUAAUAUAAUAAGAAUAAAAUUGGUUUAUAAAACGCUAAAAAAGAAAAAAAGAUCAAUUUCAUGUAUUGGAGGUGUGGCUUUGAAAGGCGUGGUCGUCAUGUGACGUAGUUGCUAUGAACCUCCUCCAAGUGUUGGUAGUGGGUGUUGCCACGGUUACCGGGAAUACAGCUGGUGAACAUUAACGUCACCAGAGCCUUGAUGUGAAACCCAGCCCUCCUGGCCACGCCUAUUUCCCUCGGCCCCGCCCAUUAGAAUGUCUCUCUUCAGCUUCCCUCUCGCUGCUAGCCCCUGCCAGUAGCUGGGAGGUCGGUUUAGAUGGUUCUGUUGUGUAUUGUAUGUGUGUGGGGGUCGGGGGAUUGAGAGUAAGAAAAAAACAAAGUGAGACAGGGGAAAUAAUUAUAGAGAUGGCUGGAGGGAGAAAGUAAGAGAGGGGCAGAGAGCAGAAAGUGAGGUCAGUUGGGAGUGGCCUUAUAACUCAGGCCUUCUCCGUUUACGUAGCGUAAGCACAAGAGUAAUGUAAGCGCUGGCACGGAUAGCUUUCUUCACAUGUCCAUUAUUAUGGCAAAUUGUGCACGAGUGGUUUCUGAACAAUGUUUCUGUGCGUAUACAUACAUACGCUGCGUAACUGGGAAUGAGAAGGGAGUGAGGUAUAUAUAGGGAGAGGAGGGAUAAAUUGGUGUUCCUAUAUAAGGAGACUGGUGUUCCUAAGGAGAGAGAAGUGAGAGGAAGACAGAUUAAAACAG